UUUUGCUGCUCUCGGGCGUGCCGGGGCGGGACCGAAGUGACGGAACUGUCAAGGCUCAGGAGUCGUUGUCCCCACGGCGGAGAGGCGGGUCCGCGGCUCGGCGACGACGCCGCUCGAGCUGUCCCGCGGCGGGUGUCUGCUCCUCUUUCGCCGCUCUGGGCCCCGCUCCGCCCACAGAGUCCGAUGGCGGCGGCCGCGCGCAGGCACCCGGCUCAGGAUAGUGUGUCCUUUGAGGAUGUUGCUGUGUACUUCUCCUGGGAGGAGUGGAGGCUCCUUGAUGAGGCUCAGAGAUGCCUGUACCACGAUGUGAUGCUGGAGAACUUUGCACUUAUAUCCUCACUGGGUUGCUGCUGUGGAGCAGAGGAUGCGGAGGCACCCCUUGAACAGAGCGUUUCUGUAGGUGUGUCACAGGCCAGCACACCCAAGGCAGCUCUGUCUUCCCGGAAGACCCACCCCUGUGAGAUGUGUGGUCCGGUCUUGAGAGACAUUUUCCACUUGGCUGAGCACCAGGGAAAGCCAAGCAGCCAGAAACUGUUGAGGUGUGGGGCAUGCGCAAAACGAUUUUAUUUCAGCGUAAACUCUCAGCAGCAGCCAGAGCAGCACAUGGGAGUGAAACCAUUCAGAAGCAGUGUGGACAGGACCUCUUGUGUGAAGAGCUGUGGAUUCCAUGAUUCAGGAAAGCCCUUUACCUGUGGAGAGAUUGAGAAAGACUUCCUGCCUGGCUCGGGGCAUCUGCAACAAGGGGCCGUUCAUACUGGAGAAAAGCUAAACAUAAUCAGCCAGUGCAGGGCAACUAUACAGAGCAGAAAAAGUCAUUACACCUGGGGAGAAUGCAAGAAAGCCUUCGGUCCCAAACACACGCUUUCUCAGGACCAGUGUUUUGUGUGCAGUGAAUGUGGGAAAACAUUCAGCUACAAAUCUUCAUUUGUUAUCCACCAGAGAUUGCAUACUGGAAAAAGGCAUCAUGAGUUUGAUGAAUGUGGAAAAUCCCUUCGGCAAAGCUCAACCCUCAGUCAGCAUGGAAAGACUCACUCUGGAUCCAGGCAAUACAAGUGCAGCAAAUGUGGGAAAUCUUUAAGCCACAAAUCCGUUCUCAUUCAUCCCCAGCGAUGGCACGGUGGAGAAAACAGUUAUAUGUGUGGUGAAUGUGCAAAAUCUUUUAGUCAGAGCUCAGUGUUGAUUCCAUGUAGAGUUCAAACUGGAGAAAGGCCUUAUAAGUGUGGUGACUGUGCAAAAUCUUUUACCUCUAUCUCUGCCCUAAGUUAUCAUCAGAGAUCUCACACAGGGGAAAGGCCCUAUGAGUGCAGUGAAUGUGGGAAGUCUUUUAUCUCUAGGUCUGACCUCCGUUAUCAUCAGAGAGUUCAUUCUGGAGAAAGGCCUUAUGAAUGCAGUGAAUGUGGGAAAUCCUUUAUCACUCGUACUGCUCUCCGUUAUCAUCACAGGGUUCACACCGGGGAGAGGCCUUAUGAAUGCAGUGAAUGUGGCAAGUCCUUUACCCGAAGAAAUAACCUCAUUAUACACCUAAGAGUUCACUCAGGUGAAAGACCUUAUGAGUGUAGUGAAUGUGGGAAAUCUUUUACCUUUAGUUCCAGCCUGCGUUAUCACCACAGAGUUCACACUGGAGAAAGACCUUAUGAGUGUAGUGAAUGUGGGAAAUCUUUUAACAAUAGGUGGACACUCAUUCGACACCGGAGAAUUCACACAGGAGAAAAGCCGUAUGUGUGCAAUAAAUGUGGGAAAUCUUUUACCUGUAGCUCCACCCUCCAGUAUCAUCAUCGAGGGCACCUUGGAGAGAGGCCUUAUGAGUGCAGUGAAUGUGGGAGAUCUUUUACUACUAGCUCUGCCCUCCGUUAUCACCAGAGAGUUCACACUGGAGAAAGGCCUUAUGAGUGUAACGAAUGUGGGAAAUCUUUUAUUUCUAGAUCUGACCUCCAUUAUCAUCAUAGAGUUCAUUCUGGAGAAAGGCCUUACGAGUGUAGUGAAUGUGGGAAAUCCUUUAUCCGAAGAAAUAACCUUAUUUUACAUCAGAGAGUUCACACAGGAGAAAGGCCUUACAAGUGUAGUGAAUGUGGGAAAUCUUUUAAUAAUAGGUGGACCCUGAUUCAACACCAGAGAGUUCACACAGGAGAAAAACCGUAUGUGUGCAAUGAAUGUGGGAAAUCUUUUACCUGUAGCUCCACACUUUGUUACCAUCAAAGAGUUCAUGAAGGUAAAAGGCCAUAUGAGUGCAGUGAAUGUGGGAAAUCUUUUACCUCCAGUUCUACCCUCCGUUACCAUCAGAGAGUUCACACAGGAGAGAGGCCUUACAAGUGCAGUGAAUGUGGGAAAUCUUUUACCUUUAGUGCCAGCCUUCGUUAUCAUCACAGAGUGCACAGUGGAGAAAGACCUUAUGAGUGCAGUGAAUGUGGGAAAUCCUUUAAGGAUAGAUCACAAUUCAAUAAACACCGGAGAACUCACACGGGAGAAAGGCCUUAUGAGUGCAGUGAAUGUGGGAAGACUUUUAGCCAAAAAUCUUCCCUGUCAAUACACCAGAGAAUUCAUAAUAGCGAACGGUCUUAUGAGUGUAGUGCUUGUGGGAAAUCCUUUACAUCUAUCUCUGGCCUUGGUUAUCAUCAUAGAGUUCAUAGAGGAGAAAAGCCUUAUCAGUGCAGUGAAUGUGGGAAAUCUUUUACCAACAGCUCCAUACUGAUUCGACACCAGAGAGUUCACACAGGAGAAAGACCUUAUGUGUGCAGUGAAUGUGGGAAGUCUUUUACCAGUAGCGCUACCCUCUCUUACCAUCAGAGAGUUCAUGCAGGGAAAAGGCCUUACGAAUGCAGUGAAUGUGGGAAGUCUUUUACUUCCAGUUCCACUCUUCGUUAUCAUCAAAGAGUUCAUGCAGGAGACAGGCCUUAUGGGUGUAGUGAAUGUGGGAAAUCUUUUAUCUCUAGCUCCAAGCUACGUUACCAUCAGAGAGUUCACACUGGAGAAAGGCCUUAUGAGUGCAGCGAAUGUGGAAAAUCCUUCAGGGAUAGUUCCCAAUUCAGUCAACACCGGAGAGGUCACACUGGAGAAAGGCCUUAUGAGUGCAGUGAAUGUGGGAAAUUUUUUACACGAAAAUCUACACUCUCUCAACAUCAGAGAGUUCACACUAGAGAAAGGCCUUAGGUGUGCGGGGAAUGUUCAAUUUCCUAUCCACUGUAACAACUCUGGAGGGAGCUUUGAGGAGUCCUCUAUCUGGACUGAAUCUCAGACAUCUAAACAUGCUCAGUGGGGAGAUCCCUUGUAAGUUUCAUUGACAUGGUAAGCUUGUGUAAAUAUGUUGCACUUUCCAUACUGUUCAGGGCUCUUUCCAGAUUUAGGUCACAGCUAGAUCUUGUGCCCAAAGCCUGUUCUCCUCUACCGCCUGGCAGGUCCCCAAGGUGUGUAUUACUUUACCACCACAGUGUGUUCAGGGAGGCUGACCUUUGUUCCCUCAUGAAUUGGAGCAAAUUAGGAGUAACCUGAGCCCUUAGGGGUCAGCUUCCCCAUCUUGACUACCUUCAGCCUGAACCUGAAUCAUUGAUGACCCAGAGAAUAUGAGUUUGGCUGGCAGCUUACAGAGAAUAACUACCUUUUUCAGGAACAUGAUGGUCUCCUGUGAUAUUUGUGAGAUGUUUUUCCAGUUUCCAAGUCACAAACUUGAGAGUGGUCUGCUGCACAUUGCUUUGGCUUAAACAA